CACAACAUCUCACCAGGGUUUCUCCACGAGCAGAACUUGCCUCCCAGCCCUUCCAGUGCUCCGCUGGGGUCACUAGUUCACAGUUCUGCUAUCACCUUUGGCAGUACUAUCAGUUGGUUCAACCGGGCACAAAGGUAUAAUACAAAUGACUACCAAAUUUCAAAGGGGUCGCAUACAACUCUGCUUCUUCUAGAAACAUCUUAUUAAACCCCAGAUGAUCCUAAUGAAGAAGAUUUUGUGAGGGAACUACGUUCAGAGAUGAGGCGGGGUUAAAGGAACAAAUGAGGGAUGUUGAGACACCACCAACUAACAUCAGUGUGAAGCUGAUACCAUUCCUAUGGCUGAAGGAGCACAGGAAGGAACAUUUAGCAGAGAGAACCCAGUUAGAGCUGGUUCUAGGAAGGGGAAGCCUCCUCGAAGGAGAGAGGCAGCUACUACUGUACACUAAUUUCUCUGCUCCCCGCCAAUCUCCUGCCAGUUCCUCCCACUGGUAAGCCAGAGGGCCAGGGAGGUUGGGUGACUCAGUCAGGAAGGAUCAACCCCCAGAGCACAGAGCAAAGAAAGGUAGAGCGUGCAUCUGGAGGACAGAGAAUAAGGAGCACAAUGUCUCUUUUGAAGGAGGAAACUGAGUCAUUGAAAGGAAAAGUAACAUGUUUCAGGUAAUAAAGGAAAAUCCAGACCAAGAUAAAGAUCCCACUUACUGCUGUGUUGUCACUGAUUUUGAGCAGCCUGGAUGCCAGAGAAAAUCAUAAAAUCUCAGUAGGCAUCUAAUCCCUUCAGGCUCCUUCCCAAUAAAAUGUUGUGUUACAUCAUGGCCCACAGUGGUUCACUUUUCUUCAAAAGUGGUGAGGUUUUAAUGAAUCACUUGUGUGGGUGAUGGCUGGGUGUUGUUAUUCUUUCAGUGAACGCACUCCACGUACCCUAUCAGUGUGUCUCUGUUUGAUUCAUGAAGGUGACUCAUCUGAGGAAGUCGACCUGACCAUGGUUUAUCAGGCAGCAUCUAAUGGAGAUGUCAAUGCUCUGACUGCGGUGAUUCGGGAAGACCCUUCAAUCCUAGAAUGCUGUGAUAGUGAAGGGUGCACACCCUUGAUGCAUGCGGUUUCUGGACGUCAAGUGGACACAGUGAAGCUGCUGCUGAAGAUGGGAGCCAAUAUCAACACACAGGAUGCUUACGGUCGCACAAGUUUAUGCCUGGCAACCUACCUGGGUUGGCUCGAGGGCUGUGUGAGCCUGCUCAGAAAUGGUGCCAAGCACAAUAUCCCUGAUAAAAAUGGUCGUCUGCCACUGCAUGCUGCCACUGCCGAGCCCGAUGUAAGGCUCCUAACAGUCCUGCUGCAACAGUCAAACCUCAGUGAGAUUAAUCAUCAGGACAAUGAGGGAAUGACACCACUCCACUGGGCAGCUUUCCACAACCAGCCUCAACACACCCAAAUGCUGCUGAAGAAGGGGGCAGACCCCACCCUUGUGGAUAAAGACUUUAAAACAGCUCUCCACUGGGCAGUCCAGAGUGGAAACAGAAUCCUGUGUUCCAUCAUCUUGAGCCACCACCAGGGUCCUUCUAUUAUCAACUAUGAUGAUGAGAGCGGGAAGACAUGUGUGCAUAUCGCCGCUGCAGCGGGUUUCCGAGACAUCAUUCAGGAACUGGCCAGAGUCCCUGAGUGUAAUCUACAGGCUCUGGAUGUGGACGACAGGACCCCGCUGCACUGGGCUGCAGCUGCAGGGAAGGCAGAAUGUGUCCAGUCACUGCUGGAGUUGGGCAUGGAUAGCAACCUUCGAGACAUCAACGAGAGCACACCCCUGGCCUACGCCCUCUACUGUGGCCACACUGCCUGCAUCAAACUCCUCUCCCAAGAGAGCAGAACAGAGCCUCCUAGACCUCUUCCUUCCCAAAACAAUAGACCCCAGAAAAAGGAGGGACGGUUCAGCAUGCUCAACCAAAUCUUCUGCAAAAAUAAGAAAGAAGAACAGAGAGCCUAUCAGAAAGAUCAUAGCAGGGACCAAUACAGGGGGGAGGACUCCUCGGAAGUCGAUGACAUCAUCACCACCUUUGACAGCAUCGUGGAUACCAACUGCCAAGAACAGCCUGGUGACCAGGUGGCUAUGGUUGAAUUUAAGAAGAGGACCUCAGAGAAUUCAAAAUAUCUCUUGCCAGAAAAGAAGCCUCUGGCCCGUAAGGGGCUUCCACCAAUCAGAACGCAGAGUCUCCCACCCAUCACCUUGGGCAAUAACUUCCUGACAGCCUCCCAUGGGGCCACUUCCCAUGUUGGGCUGAGCUCUGGUCCUCAUCAUACAGCCCAAAGAUCUCAGAAAAGUAGAAGUGAACAGGAUUUAUUAAAUAACAGAACUGGCUGUCAGACAUUACUAGAGAACCCCUGGAGGAGUGAUUCUAAUCAGGCGUUCUCCUACAAGGCUUGGACUGUGUCUCCUGCUGAUAAGUUACAGGACAGGCUACUCACUGGCAGAUCUGGUCACCAAGAGGUCUCUGGGCCACCACAUCUUCCUCAUCUACAUAAUCCUUCAUCAGGACAAAAUUUUCAGCAUCUCUCCCCAAACAGACCCCAAAUCAGGGAUCUUCCUUUCACACGGAACAACCUAGCUCCCCUACCAGACCAGAAAUUUCUAUCUGGAGAGCCUCUACGCACAAACCGAGUGCUUCCUGCUAUCCCAAGCCAACGAGGUCACAGCACACCAGCUGAAGAGGGUGAAAAAUCUGCCAAUGCCAUCAAUGACGAAACUUAACCGUGGGCCGCUGACUGCUGGGGUAUAAAUUAGAUAUAUUUUCAGCUCUCAAAGGGUUAGAUUAUUCUAAUUUGUCAGAACAAAGACUAAUUUAGUAAGCUCCAUUCUAUAAGCCACUCACAGUUUUGUUCUUUAUUCCAAAUGAAGAUACU